GGUGGGGGCUGGGGUGGCUACGGCCCUGGGAGUCAGAGUGUAUGUUUUGCUUGUGACUGAGAGGGUGGUUCGGGGAGGCGCUGCAGAGGCGUGAUACAGGGAGCGGCCCCCCCAGUUCGGGGUCGCGGAGCGCGGGCGCGUCUGUGCGAGAGAAUCAUCUGAACAGAGAGGAGACCAGGGAGCAACAGGAAGACGCGGUCUGCGGAGCAGAGGCAGGGAUGGCGAUCGGACCGUUUGGAACCGUAAAAACACAGCCUGCUCAGAGCGGGACACGCAGACCCGGGACAAACAGGAUACACGGCUGGGGCAGGCAGGAUGACAGCAGGAUGAGGUACCGGGCUGUGGCAGCUGGCGAGGGGAUCCGCGUCAUCAUGGAGACUGCCUUAACAGCCCGGGACCGGGUUGGGGUUCAGGACUUUGUCCUGCUGGAAAACUACACCAGUGAGGCGGCCUUCAUCGAGAAUCUGCGCAAGAGGUUUAAGGAGAACCUCAUUUAUACGUACAUCGGUUCCAUCCUUGUGUCCGUGAACCCCUACAAGGAGCUGGAGAUCUACAGCAAACCACACAUGGACCGUUACCACGGCGUCAGCUUCUACGAGGUGUCACCCCACAUCUAUGCCAUCUCUGACAAUGUGUAUCGCUCGAUGCGGACAGAGGGGCGGGACCAGUGCAUCCUAAUCUCGGGGGAGAGCGGUGCUGGAAAGACUGAAGCUUCCAAGAAGAUACUGCAGUACUACGCCAUGACCUGCCCUGCCAGUGAGCAGGUGCAGAAAGUCAAGGACCGUUUGCUGCAGUCCAACCCUGUGCUGGAGGCUUUUGGGAAUGCCAAGACCCUGCGCAACGAUAACUCCAGCCGCUUUGGAAAGUACAUGGACAUUCAGUUUGAUUUCAAGGGGGUGCCGGUUGGGGGUCACAUCCUGAGCUUCCUGCUGGAGAACUCUCGUGUCGUGCACCAGAACCACGGCGAGAGAAACUUCCACAUCUUCUACCAGAUGAUCGAAGGCGGAGAGGAGGAGCUGCUACAACAACGAGGACUGGAGAGGAACCCCCAGCGGUACUACUACCUGGUGAAGGGAAAAUGCCCAAAGGUCAGCUCCAUCAACGACCGCAACGACUGGAAGGUAGUGAGGAAGGCCCUGUCUGUUAUUGGCGUCAGUGAUGAGGAGGUGGAGGAGCUGCUAAACAUUAUUGCCAGUGUCCUCCACCUGGGGAAUGUUCAGUUUGGGAUGGAGGACAAUGGAGGCGUCUACAUCACCACAGAGACGCAGAUGAUGUCACAGCUGUUGGGUGUGGAAGGGACCCGCUUGAAUGAAGCCCUCACCUACAGGAAGAUCAUCACCCAGGGGGAGGAGCUCAUGAGCCCCCUGAACCUGGAGCAGGCGGCCUCAGCCCGGGACGCCCUGUCCAAGGCGGUCUACGGACGCGCCUUUGCCUGGCUGAUCGACAACAUCAACACGUCUCUGGCCUUCAGGGACCCGGCCUAUCCCACCGGCAGGUGUGCUGCCGCUAUCGGAUUGCUAGACAUCUACGGCUUCGAGGUCUUCCAGCACAACAGCUUUGAGCAGUUCUGCAUCAACUACUGCAACGAGAAGCUGCAGCAGCUGGUCAUCGAGCUGACUCUGAAGCAGGAACAGGAGGACUACACGGCCGAGGGUGUCGCGUGGGAGCCUGUGCAGUACUUCAACAACAAGAGCAUCUGCGACCUGCUGGAGGAGAAGUUCAAAGGCAUCAUUUCAGUCCUGGAUGAGGAGUGUCUGAGGCCUGGGGAUGCCAGUGACAUCACCUUCCUGGAAAAGCUGGAGGUCACCGUGGGGGAUCACCCCCACUUUGUCACACACAAGCUGGCCGAUGGAAAGACCCGGAAAGCAAUCGGCAGAGAGGAGUUCAGGCUGCUUCACUAUGCCGGAGAGGUCAACUACAAUGUCAACGGGUUUCUGGACAAGAACAAUGACCUCCUCUACCGGAACCUCAAAGAGAUGAUGUGUCGGUCGGAGAACAGGAUCCUCACACAGUGCUUCGAGCGGGAUGAGCUGACCGACCAGAAGCGCCCCGAGACGACGGCCACUCAGUUCAAGAACAGCCUGGCCAAGCUGAUGGAGAUCCUGAUGUCUAAGGAGCCGUCGUACGUGCGCUGCAUCAAGCCCAAUGAUGCCAAGCAGACAGGUCGCUUCGACGAGGUGUUAAUCCGCCACCAGGUGAAGUACCUGGGCCUGAUGCAGAGCCUGAGGAUACGGCGCGCUGGCUUCGCUUACCGCCGUCGCUAUGAGGUCUUCCUGCAGAGAUACAAAUCGCUGUGUCCUGAGACUUGGCCUAACUGGCAAGGGCAGCUGGCAGAGGGCGUCUCCACCCUGGUUAGACACCUAGGGUACCAGCCUGAGGAGUACAAACUGGGCAGGUCAAAGAUAUUCAUUCGUUUACCAAAGACUCUGUUUGCCACUGAAGACGCCCUGGAAAUAAGAAAGCAAAGCAUAGCCACAGUCCUACAGACCAGCUGGAGGGGCUACAGCAAGAGGUCCAAGUACCAGAAGCUGAGGAACGCAGUGAUCACCAUCCAGUCUUGGUGGAGGGGAGUUGUGGACCGGCGGAAGGCCCGGGUUCGAAAGCAGGCUGCUGACACCAUCCGCAGGUUUAUCAAGGGCUUCAUCUUACGCGAACAGCCACAGUGCCCCGAGAACGAGUACUUCCUGGCCAUCGUCCGCCACACGUUCCUCACCAACCUGAGGAAGAACCUGCCCAGGACUGUCCUGGACAAGAGCUGGCCCAGACCCCCACUGACUCUCACAGAGGCAUCCGAACAUCUGCGCAACCUCUGCAUGCAGAACAUGGUGUGGCGCUACUGCCGGAGGAUCCAGCCUGAAUGGAGGAACCAGAUGGAGCAAAAGGUGGUGGCUAGUGAGAUCUUCAAGGAUAAGGACAGCUAUGCACGGAGUGUUCCUAGGCUCUUUGUGAGCACCAGACUAAACCGUGAAGAUAUCAACCCCAAGGUGUUGCAGGUACUGGGUGAUGACACAGUGCUGUACGGCGUGGCUGUGACCAAGUAUGACCGGAGAGGCUACCGCCCACGCCAGCGCCAGCUGUUGCUUGGCUCCGCCUUUGCCAUCAUUGUGGAGGAGGCUAAGCUGAAGCAGCGCAUCGACUACGAGACGCUCAUUGGCAUCUCUGUCAGCUCCCUAAGCGAUGGCAUUUUUGUUCUGCAUUUGCCCUAUGAGGAGAAGAAGCAGAAGGGUGAUGUGGUCCUGCAGACUGAACAUGUUAUUGAGGCAGUGACCAAGCUGGCCAUCAGCGCUGACAAGGUCCACAGUGUCAAUGUCAGCCAGGACAGUAUAAAGUUUGCAGUGGGCCGAGGAAAGGAAGCCGUCAUUGAUUUCAAACCUGGAUCCAAGCUGGUGGUGGCCAAAGCCAAGAAUGGACACCUGUCAGUGAUGGCCCCACCUCUUAAAUCCCGAUGACAAGGUCCAGCAACUCAUCACAGGAGCGAAGCAGCAGCCAAAAGCCGUUUAGAUGAUUCUGAUAUAGCCAGAAAGUGAUGAGCCUAUCAAAGUCUGCUUCUUCCUGUUUUAGCCAAUCCCGACAAAGCUCCUCCCAUACCAGUGACUUCAGCAUUUCAGAAAUAAACAUCCACAGUGUUUCUGUCUAAUAGGGGGUGAUUUAAAUACCUGUUUUAUGAAAUCUUCUUCUGGAAGAUACCUAGGUGCAUUUGGACUAGUUCUGUGAUGAGCUUUGCUCCUAGGGGAACAUGAUGGAGAAAUACAGUAGAUGGAUCACCUCUGGGUUUGGGCUGAGAGGGAAAUCUUUGCAGUUCCCUGUAGUCUAGUAUUCUAUUACUUGGUGAAUACAUCACAUGAUGGAUUUUUGUAAACAGAGGUGGUCGUCCCCUUGUGAGAGUGAUGAUGUACAGCGUGUACAAGCACCGAUCCUUCUAAUGCAGGUCUGGGUGCCAUGUGUCAGACUUCAGCUCAGAGUGUAAAUAUGGACUCACACGUGUGACUUGCAUUUGCACCUGCUUGUUGUGCGACUGUCCUUCUUCAGAGAAAAACAUGUUUCAAGUCAAGCAGUAAUUAAGAGAAAACGUCUUAAUGGAACAUUCAAAUUGAGCCAGAGAAACCGGCAGUUACACUCAUCAGUCCAGCAUUGCUACUGCACUUCCUGUUGUCUGCAUGGGUGAGAUUGUUCUUCCAGGAGUUUGUGUUACACUUUGCCUAUAAGAUGAAUGAGUUAGUAUCUCAGUUAUCUGGUAUCUGCACAGAAAUAUACCUGUUUGCUAAUCAUCAAUCAGCGAACCUUUCUGAAAGUGAUUUAAGAAAGUGUACUGUAAUGUCAGAUAGUGUUAAAUGAUUGUACGUUUGCUGGUUUAGAGAGAAGACUUGGAUACAGAAAGAGAGGGAGAGAGAUAAUUGCAAGAGUAAAAACAGUGGAAGAGAGAAAGACAGAAUGUUCCACUUGUCAUGUUAGAUUUAGCAAAGCCGAACACACACACGGCAGAAACUGCCCCUGUGUCAGUAACCCAGUAACCCAGUAACCCGACCUUAUCACUUACACAACUGUGUCAAUGACGCUUUUUAAGACUUACGUUUCUUUAGAAGUGUAAUCCACUUUAUGUCUAACCCACCAAUCAGAGAUAUGCAUGCAUGCACCAAUCAGAAAGCUGCACUUGUGCUUGCCUUCAGGUACACAUACAUCACAUAUGCAAUCUAAUGUACCACAGCCACUCCUAUGCGUUAAACAUGACCGUUUAUCCUUCUUCACUCUGAUGUACCAAAUUCAAUACAGGAGAGACGUCAUACUAAUCUGUAGAAAAUAAUCUGAAUAAUCCAUCAAAUCAAGAGCUUUAGGAUGAAUUAUCUAAAUAAAAUGGUAACAGUGAAAGAU